AUGGUCGACCCCCUCACCGACGUACCCGACGAGCCAGACGAUAGUGGCCAAUCCCCCGCCCAUCCUCACCCUUCCGCGCCAAGCCUCGACGCCCACCAUGCCACGCACGCAUCGCACGCCCAGCUGAAUCCCGAACAGCUCAGGCAACGCCUCAUCAAGUCUAUCGCACCCGCCACUGCUCACUCCGGCGACGAUGCGACGCCGCACCACCCUCAUACGUUGCGCCCGACCUCGUCGCUGCCCAACCUGGCACGCGGCCACGCGGGAGGGAGCGAGUCGCCCGCCCACCUCGACGACGACGCGAUCGAAAAGGUGCACCGCACAAACACCCAGGUCAACCUCGUCCGUCCCGACUUGGCACCCUCCUCCCGCCGCUCGACCUUCUUCCCGCCCAUUCACGACGCCGACAACGACGCCACCGCCGCCCCCGUUCCUCCACCCCGGCCUCCCUUGCUCGCACCGAAGAAGCCCCUCGGCAAGAACCCCUCCUUCCGCCAAUGCCUCCUCAACGUCCUGCGCUACUCGCUCCUCAACGCCCUCCUCGUCUUUGUCCCCGUCGCAUGGGCCAUGGGGCUCUCGCACCAAAGCGCGACAGUCACGUUCAUCAUGAGCUUCUUUGCCAUUGUUCCGCUCGCGGCGCUGCUUGGCUUUGCGACGGAGGAACUGGCGCUAAGGGUUGGAGAUGCGUUUGGGGGGUUGUUAAACGCGACGUUUGGCAACGCCGUCGAGCUAAUCAUCGCCAUCCUCGCCCUUGUCAAAGGCGAACUCGACGUCGUCCGCUCCUCGAUGCUCGGGAGUAUCCUGUCGAAUUGUUUGUUGGUGGCCGGAGGGGCGUUCUUUGUCGGUGGAAUCCGGUUCUACGAGCAAUCCUACUCGCUCCGUGCCGCCCAAACAAACAUCAACCUCCUCGCCAUCGCCGUAACAGCUAUCGUGAUUCCCGUCGGUUUCCACGCGUUCAUCAGCGCCGAAGGGACUCAGACGGAGGAUUUGACGGACGAGAGUGUGUUGAGGCUCUCGAGGGGGCUGGCGUUCAUCUUGCUCGCCGUCUACGCCUGCUACCUAAUCUUCCAGCUCUACACCCACUCCUGGCUCUACGUCCCGCGCCCCACUCCCUCUCCUCGGCACCCAAUAACCGCCGCGCAACUCCUCCUCUACGCCGAUGGUCCGCAACCGCCGACGGAGGGGAAAGUGUUUAGGAUCCCGAGUUUGCCGAGUUGGGGUGGGAGUUCGAGUUCGGGGAGUAGUAGUGCUGGAGGGGCGGAGAGUUUGAGGGUUAGGAGUCGGAGUGUUUCGGCUACGGAGGAGGCGGGACUAGUGCAGGCGGGAGAGUCGACUCGCCCUCCGCUCUCACCGACGACUCUCCACCCUACCACGACCUCCGCGACGCCCAUCAGCCCCGAGGUCGACCUCGAGAAGCAGGAUCAUCCGGCCGAGGGAGUCGAAGCCGAGCACGAAGAACCGAAGUUGAGCGUUUGGUUCGCGCUGGGAUUGUUGGUUGUCGUGACGGGCUUGACCGGCGUGACGGCCGAGUUCCUCGUUAGUUCCAUCGAUGGGUUGACGGCGACGGGCAACGUCAGCAAGGAAUUUGUCGCCCUCAUCCUCCUGCCCGUCGUCGGCAACGCCGCAGAACACGUCACGGCCCUGGUCGUCGCGCGCAAAAACAAGCUCGACCUCUCUCUCGCCGUCGCAGUCGGCUCGUCCCUCCAAAUCGCCCUCUUCGUCAUCCCGGUUCUGGUCCUGCUCGCUUGGUGUAUUGGACAACCGCUCGAUUUGGAGUUUGAUAGCUUCGAGACGCUGUUGGUGUUCUUGACGGUUUGCGUCGUCAACUGGGCCAUUGCCGACGCCCGCACGAACUGGAUGGAAGGUGCGGGACUGAUGUUCGUCUACAUCAUCAUCGCCACUUGCGUCUGGUUCUACCCCGGCUCAGCUCCUUCGUCGCCUGCUUAA